AUGCUUUUCAAUUUAUCGUUACCGGAAGUGAAUGAAGAACGAAUGGAACGACUGGAUUCAUUAAUAGAAGUGGUUAAGGAACGGACAGCGUCGCCGAAUAUAGCUGCUCAAGAAGCGAAUGCUGAACAAAAAUUACGGAAUCCUGUACCUCCAAAAAAAAUAUGGAUGAAAAGACAUAUAAUGGAUCAGACGGAUGAAAAGCUGAGUGGUUAUUCGGAAUGCAGCAAAACCUUCCUGCAAACAUCCGAUUUGCAAAAAAAUUUGAUAAAUCGUACCCGCGAAAAGCCAUACAAUUGUUCAGAAUGUGGAAAACGUUUCAUUUCUUCAUCAAAUUUGAAAAUUCAUAUGUUGACCCAUACGGGUGUAAAGCCGCACGGUUGUACAAAAUGCAAAAAAAAUUUCUCUCAAUUAUCGAAUUUGGAAAGACAUAUGAGGAUUCAUACCGGUGAAAAGCCGCACAAUUGUUCAGAAUGUGGAAAACGCUUCUAUCGUUUAUCGACUUUUAAAGUACAUAUGAGGAUACAUACCGGUGAAAAGCCGUACAAUUGUUCAGAAUGCGGAAAAUGUUUUUCUAAUUCAUCGGAUUUUAAAAAACAUAUACGGAUUCAUACCGGUGAAAAGCCGCACGGUUGUUCCGUAUGCGAGAAAAGAUUUUCUCGGAAAAGCGUUUUGAACAAGCACAUGAAAACUCAUCGCAAAGAGAAUUCCUCAUCCAAUUGGAUUGUACGCAACCAAAGCAAUUCAUUAUGA